AUUUUCGGCCUUUCUAUGCAUUCUGACAACGCCAACGAGGCGUGCCUCCCUCUGUCACAGGAAGAAUUAUAAACUCUGGUUUGCAAUCCAUAGGUCAUUAUCUCGGCACUCGAAGUGCAUGGAAGCCGGCGGAACAACUUGUCAAACACUCUGCGACACUGCUACGACGAUAGUCGACAUACCAUCGUUACUGCCAAGUUUUGCAGUCAGACAUGGUCGCGUGCCGUCGGACCCAAUCUCUCAGUUCCUGCGUUAGUGGCGCCCACGCCUGUGGCGCUGCUUAUUUUCGAUUUCGUCACCCGCGUGCUCGCGUGUCUCUUAUUGCCUGUCUCCCGCUGUCGUGUGUGCACAUACUGUCUGUCUCUAGGGUCACAAUAUACUCUUACUUUCAAUCACUGUCUUCGACACCGAUUGUGCAGGCUAAACCGUCACACUGUCGCUCUUACAACUCUCUAGAUCCCUUAUCUCGCGCCUGCCUCGCAAGGCACCGAUACCGAAUAUGACCUUUCUCGACAAGAUCAACCCCACACCAUCCUUUCCUUCUUUCACAGGGCCGUACAAAGUUGGCUCGGUCGAUGUAGAGAUUCCAGCAAGCCAACUGGAAAGCCCAGGACGAUCGAGCAGCCCAUCUACGAACUUGUCUACAGUCUCUUUUCGUGUGUUCUACCCAGCGCGACCAGAAAGCGAACAGAAAGGCGUCAGAUGGAUACCGAGCCCGCAGAAGGAGGUUGUGAGCUCUUACGCCAAGUUCCUGGGCGCGGGCAACGCAAUGGCAGGCUUGUUUGCAACGCUCCCGCAAUUAUUGUACUUCAUAACGAUUCCCGUUCAUCACAACGCUAAUGUCCUCGAGCCGCCGACCGAAUCGAAACGAUGGCCUGUCAUGAUGUUUUCACACGGACUUGGAGGGUCACGAAACGCAUAUUCGCAUAUCUGCGGCUCGCUGGCGAGCCACGGCGUUGUAGUCAUUGCACCGGAGCACAGGGACGGAAGUUGUCCUGUUUCGUUUGUGAACACUCCUGAAGAGAAGGAGAAGAUAAAGAAGGUAGAAUAUAAGAAGGUACCGCACCAAGCAUCUACAGAGGUGUAUGAGUCGCGAGACGAGCAGCUGCGCAUACGUCUCUGGGAAAUGGGCCUGAUCCACGACGCCCUUCUUAAAAUUGACAACCGGACACCGCUUAAGAACGUUGCGGAAGAUCAAAAGAAGACGGGUGGGAAGGAUAUGCUCACCAUGUUCUCCCACCUGCUGGACAUCCAUGAACCGGGAAAAAUCGCUUUCGCAGGGCACUCUUUCGGCGGAGCGACCAUUGUUCAAUACAUCAAGUCUGUCUAUUAUCAUAGCGCGACAAACGUCAAGUCUUACCGCCCGCUCUUUACUCCCGUGGAAGAUUCAAGCAUUGUCCGGCAAAUCACCCCGCAGACAACCGUCAUGCUCCUCGACCUCUGGACGCUCCCAAUCCAGAGUCCGGCGACAUCCUGGCUGCGCAACAAGCCCAUGCCAUGCUACGACUCACCUGCCGGUGGCUCAAACCUGCUCUCCAUUCUAUCCGAGGCGUUUUACAAAUGGUCGUCCAACUUGAACGACACGAAGCGCAUUGUUUCCAAGCCUACCGGUUCCUCAGCAAAGUACCCCAACCAGCCAGGCCCACACAUCUUCUACCCUAUUGCCUCGGCGCAUCUGUCGCAAUCCGAUUUUGGUGUCCUGUUCCCCUGGGUUACAACAAAAGUCUUCGGUGCGAAGGAACCCGACCGCGUGCUUCGCCUCAACGCACGCGCGAUGCUGCAAGUUAUGCGCAAUGCUGACAUACAGGUUGCUGCGACUAGGAAAGAGGACCUGGAGCUGGAGGGACUGGACAAGGGCGUCCCGCAAGACGAGAAGAUCCUGAGCCAUGCUGAGGAUUCCGUGAGAGGUUGGAUCAGUCUAGGCACGGAGCUGUAUGGAGAUAAGAGCGAUGUCGAAAAGGGCCCCGGAGAAGCCAUGGUCGAGGGAGAGGCUCUGGGACAGGUAGUCAGUAACGAGCAGAGAUCGAUGGUGUAAGAGGCCAUUUCGAGCGUACGUUGGGGCAUUUCGCUGUCUGUGUAUAUAUCUGGCAUGGCGAUUCUUUACGGGUUUGCAUAGUUCGGCGUUUGACAUGGAUUGAUACCAGUAGACAGAGAUGAGCAACGACUCGAUACACAAUUUACGAAUUUGG